AUGACUCAGCCUUUGAUUUAUGUCAAAAAUUGGUUCACGACAGACCAUGCUAUUUUGUUCAGGUUAAGCAAUAAUUUAGUCCAGGUAAAUUUCCAGGACAAGACAGAACUAAUAGUGUGCUGCAAAAGCAUGCUGAUGAUUUAUAUGAACGAGCUGGGAGAAAGAAGCGUUUAUCCUUUAAAUGCAGCUAUGGAUAGCGAAAAUAAUGAGAUGACAAAGAAGCUAAUAUGCACGAAAGAAGUUCUGAGAAGCAUGCUAAAGCCUAAGCGGAACGACGGAACUGGAGAAUAA